AUGCCGGAGGCGCCUGGGGACCUCGUUCUUCUUCCACGUGCCUUGGCGCGUGCCUUUCGCUGCCUGCGGAAUGUGCCCAUUGUGCACUUUGUGGAGGUCGCCAAGGUCAACCGCCGUGGAAAGCGUCAGCAGCGUUUUCUUGUCAUCACCCCCACCCACCUCUUCUCCUGCGUGGAGAAUGGCGUGAUCCAGCGCUGCGUGCCGACGAGGAGCGUGGCGGAGGUGCACGUGUGGCGCGGUGCGGCGCCGCAAGUUGGGCUGAAGAUCCCGUCCGAGUACGACAUGCUCUUCUUCAUGAACUCGGCCGCCGAUGUGGCGGGCGUCGUGGCGGCGCUGCAGCCCCUCUCCCGUGAGGGUGCGGGCGGCGGUGGCGGCAGUGACGCGCUUUGCCUAGUGGAGGCGGCAGAGGCGCUGAGCGGCGCGGCGUAUGCCCUGGAGCGGCCAAAGGGCCUUGCGCGGGGGAUCUCCCACGCGUUGGACUGGUCGGUGGGGGCUGUCGGGGAGGUGCCCGCCGCGGGGAUGCGCGACGGCGUGCUGCGGCCGUUUGUCGCCCCCAGCGCGAGGGGCAUUUUCCUGCACGCCCCCACGACCGCCGCGGCACCGUCGUCGCCCUCGUCAGCGGCCGCCAGGGGCGUGGCCUCGUCGUCCGGGGGGGAGACCGCCCAAUCGAGCGCGUCGCAAGCCACGCGGCGCCUCAGCAACGACUACAGCGCCGAAGACGCGGCAGACACCCCGGUCGCCGCCGCCUCUCCGCCCGUGUCCCCCCGCCCUCCCCCGCCCGAACCCGCGGCGGUGGAGGUGGGGCCGAGGCCGCAACCGGCAGCCACGUCGGCGAUGUCCAAUGCCGCCAACACCGACAACGGCCACGGCGGCGGCGGCGGCGGCGGCACUGCCGCUGCUGCGCCGGCAGGGGAGCAGGCGCUGCGGGAAGCGCGGCGUCGGGUGCUGGCGGAGAGGGAACAGUGGUGCCUGCUGCUCGCCGCGGAGCGACGCAACACGUACCGUCUGCGACAGGCUAUAUCCGACUUGCGUGGACAAGUGCUUGCACUCUCUUCUCAGAACCUCGCCAUGCGCACCGAGUUGCUCAACCAACGUACUACUUGA